GGCCGCAAAGCCAUGUGGGAACGUUCUCUUUUGCCUAUACAAUCAUGGCGACUCAAAUCAGUAAAAAACGAAAGGUAGAUUUUAUGCCCGUCGAAACGUUAUAUUCAACAUACAUAUUGAUAAAUUUACACUCAUUUCGGUAGAUAGUUUAUCUAACUUUUAUGUAACGUAUCCCUGUGUUGUGAUGUUUGAUUUUGUCCUUGGAUUUCGAAGGAUUCAAUCGAACAUUUUUGUUGUUAUCGUAUACAAUUUAUAUGCCUUUAAUGACUUUGUGGCGUUGAACAGCCAUUCAUUCGCCCGUAAAACACUUUCUGAACCUCAGAUAGUAUAGCCCUAAUUUCGUAAAAUAGUGGACAAGUAUUAUGUAGCUCAAAACACGAAGUAUUGCAGGCAGAAAACCGAGAUAUUAUUUCAUGUUUGUAGUUUGUGGCUGAUGGGAUCUUUAAGGCUGAACUUAAUGAGUUCUUAACUCGUGAGCUUGCAGAAGAUGGCUACAGUGGUGUUGAAGUACGUGUUACACCAAUUAGAACUGAGAUUAUUAUCUUGGCAACAAGAACUCAGAAUAUCCUAGGUGAGAAAGGACGCAGGAUUCGUGAACUUACAUCAGUUGUACAGAAAAGAUUCAACUUUCCUGAAGGCACCGUUGAGGUAAGUGAUUAUGCAUUUAUAAUAGAAUGCAAGCGUUGAGAUAAGUGAUUAUGAAUUUAUAAUAGAAAUUAGAAUGCAAGCUUCUUCACAUUGGUGUCAAGUUUGCUAAUAUGCCUUUCCAGGGUUGGGACACCUUUUCAAUGGUUUGACUACCUCAUUAGGGUUAGGGUGACAUUACCUACAAUGCCUAUGAGGUAGUCAACCCUAGUUGUACCAUACCCAAGGGUCUUGCUAUUGUUGUUUUAUUAUGUUUUCCCACUCGAAAGAUGGCAUUGAUCACAAACCCGGAAAAGGUGUAUUGGAUAAUUUCAGAAAUGAUCCACACUGGCUCCCCCAAGGGGAGAAAUUCGGACAUCCGAAGGCUAGAGAGAUUAACUCCCAAUUUCCUUUGUGGGAGAGUUACGAAUGUUUUUUUUUUUUUUUUUUAAUUAGCAAGUGUUUAAAAAUAGGCUGUUGCAGUAUUUGAAAAAAACGAAAAUUGAUGCCGGAAAAAUAAUACCGAUAUAUCAAUAUUUUUUCGUAAAUAUUGUAUUUUAUGCAAAAUUUGCUUGAUUUUAUCAGGGCUCGAAAUAACGUUUCCAACGUUCCCGAUCGUGGUAAUCAGCAGUCAUGAUUUUCUGCUGAGGCGUAAAAAAAAAUACCUGUGGUUCCGGUUUCAUAUCGUGAAAAAAUUAGGGUCGGUAGGUCGGAAAUAAAUUUUUUUUGGAAUAUUUUUUUCAUGAUUUUGGCGUUUUUUUGCUGAGCGAUUUGCAGUAGAGUCCCGACAUCAAUAUUAACUAGAGAUGCGUAUUUCCUAUGGACGAAUUUAGGCAAUUUGGUUCAAUAAUUAGUAUGACAACAGAUGCCAUUUUGGCACGCUGUUUGAGCAGCCCGCAACCACCCAGAGAAAAUAGUGUCGCACAGUCAAUCGCGUUGAAAAAAUAAUAGGGUCGGCAGAAAAAAAUAGGGUCGGUCGGGAACCGGAACCACAGGUAUUUUUUUUACGCCUGAUCAAGUGAAAAUCUGACCGAUCAGUAUAGGAUACGUUCUGUUUAUAUGCUCUGUGAUAAUGCCGUAGUAUUGCAUGGUGUUCGUUAACAACAUUAACUGUGUUUUUGAAACAACGGUUCUUGCCGAUCAAGAUGAUCGGCAACCUUGCUUCUCUGACAAUCAAAAGUAAUUUCCUGCCGAUCAUUGAUCCAGGGCUCGAAAUAACGUUCCCAACGUUCCCGACGUUCCCGAUUAUGGUGAUCGGCCAUCAUGACUUUUUGCCGAUCAAAUAAAAAUCUGGGCGAUCAGGAGCAUUUGCUGUCAUUUCCUUGAAAAAAUUCUAAAUAUGCCCUUAAAAUCGUAAAUUAGCCAUUCCGAAGUUGAUGAGUGGACUGGGGAUGAGUGUUAAAAAGUGCUCAAAUUAAGAAAUGAACCAAAUCACUAAAAAGGCCACGUCAAAAAUAGUAAGUACACAAAGUUUGAAGAUGUUUACAUGAAUAUCCUUUGAAUAAUAAGCUUUCGAAAUCGCAAUAUUUACUAUGAAAUGUAUUGUAAUUUUUGUUUUUGGGACGUGUGUCCCAAAAACAAUCUUUUAAUCAGUAAUUUCACAAUUUUUGAAAGCUUAUUAUUUGAAGGGUAUUCUUGUAAACGUUUUCAAACUUUGCAUACUUACUAAUUUUGAGGUGGUCUUUUUAGUUAUUUGGUUCAUUUCUUAAUUUGGGCACUUUUUAACACUCGUCCCCAGUGCUCUCAUCAACUUCGGAAUGGCUAAUACACAUCUGAACAGGAAAUUUAACUUUAUUUCAAAUUCAAGUUUAAAUCUAUGACAUUUGUGGACCUAUAUAUAUAUAUAUAUAAUACUAAUAGUGUAUCUACAUUUAACAUGUAUUAAUAAACUUUAGUUUAUUAUAACACUUUUCAAGUUUUAAUUUUAGUAUUGCAUUUUUUACACAAACAUAAGAAACUCAGCAGCAUUAUCAAUUAAGAACUAAAACUUAUUAUUUAAUAAAAGUAAAAGAGAAAAUCCUACUAAAAUAAAAAAUCCUAUCAAUUUGAAAUUAUUAUAACAAAGACGUUUGUCAUUAGUGGUUUGGAUUGCAGACUGUUGAAGAGACGACAAUACUUCAUGCAAAUUUGUUUUAUAGUAAAUUAAUUACUUUAGAGCGAGAAUAAUAUUGCGGCCUUUCCUGUUGUAUGACUCGUAUCAACUAAACAAGAGCUUUUCGUUUGUUUUUGAAUGUGUUUUAUGUUACUUUUAUUUGUCUUUUACCGCAUACAGGUAAGCAUGUCUUUCAGACAAUGGUCGAAUAUAUUUCUUGCCAAUCAAGAUGAACGGCAACGUUGCUUCUUCGCCGAUCAAAAACAAUUUCCUGCUGAUCCGUUAUUUCAAGCCCUGUUGACCGUUGAUUGGCCGUUAUUUCUUGCCCUGUUGUUUUUCUGCCCACGAUAUAACAAGAGAAAUGUCCACUUUGGGAAUUGAAAAUGUGUGUAUUUGCAUCCGCACUCAGACUGAAUUAUCCGUACUCAGAGUGAAUCAUGUGUUAUAUUUUUGGUCAGGAAAUUUGUUUCAAAACAUGUUAUUCAACUGCAAAUUUGAAAACAUGCAAAGAUUGUCAUAUCUCACCUGAUAAAUAAUGUCCAAUGCUCAAGGUUAGUUUUUGUUUUUUUAAAACAUUUGUAAUCCAGCAUUGUUUACGUUCUAAAAGUUCACUUUUUGCAAGCAAAAUGACAUAUUAGACCUUGCAAUGCCAAUGACGACAUUAACAAACACAUUUAGCUCUCGCUCUAACCCUAAUUAGGGAUUUUCCCGCAGAGUUAGCACAUUGAUCGUCUUUGUCCUUCUGAAAUAACUCCAAUCAGCGAUUGAAAAAGCUUGAUUUGACGUUUAAAUAUACAAAUGUAAACGUGAUAUCGAUAAUACCAAGAAGUAUCGAUAUUCCGUUAUAUCAAAAAUUUCAUUAUCAAGUAAUCGGUAUUUAUAAAAGAUAAUUAUCGGUAUAUCGAUAUACUACAACAGCCUAGUUUAAAACUUGGCUGACUGAUGAUCUAGGCAAGCCUGGAAAGAAUUUUUUGGGACCUGCCUGUCAAAAUUACCAGCACCAAUGCAUAUGUGCAUGUCACAAAAAAAAAUAUGAUGCAAUAUGCAGUGGUUACAUAUAAUUAUAUGUUCAAUGGUAUUUAGAAAUCUGCAGCUUUUGCAGAGCAGCUUUUGCUAACCUUGCAUUUUAAUUUUGUUGAAAUAAUAUUUUGCUAAUAUAUAGAAAUAAUCACAUAAGUUUCCUGAUAAUUUGAUAUAAUUUGCUUUUAAGCAAAAAUCUAGACUUUAAGUAACAGGGAAAUUCAAUUUUGGGAAAAAGUGGGACAUUUUGAGUGAUGAGAAGGAAAUUUCUUAGGGUUGAAAUGCUGAAUAAUGCAAACUGGACAAAGUGACAGACACAAGUAAAGUUGUGCCUGUCAAAACACUAGAAAUCACGUAUUUGUACCGGUCAAUGACUGUGACCAGAUGCUUAUUUUCAGGCUUGGAUCUAGGAGAGUGAUUCAACACAGUAUUUAUAUUUUAGUUGUAUGCUGAAAAAGUGGCAACUCGUGGGUUAAGUGCCAUCACACAGGCAGAAUCUCUAAGAUACAAAUUGCUUGGUGGCUUAGCUGUGAGGAGGUAACUUACAAGUAGACUAUAUAUAUAAUAAACAUACCAGAUGUUUUAGAAGUGACUGUUCUUGCAGCGAUGCCAAUUGAACAAACUUUUUUUGGCUGUGAGUGUAUAUUGGCUGUGAUUGGUUGUUUGAUAAAUUUGACUGUUGCAGUUCAACAUUUCACCAGGAGUUUUCUUUUCCUUCUGAAAUGAAAGAAAAAACUUUGGAACCAGAAUAAUACGGUUUCCUUUUGUAACACUAGAUAAUAAUUUGUAUUGUAUCCAUGUGAAUAAUCAUGUUCAACAUUUUCAGAGCAUGCUAUGGUGUUCUUCGAUAUAUUAUGGAGAGUGGUGCAAAAGGUUGUGAAGUAGUGGUUUCUGGCAAGCUACGUGGCCAGCGUGCAAAAUCUAUGAAAUUUGUUGAUGGAUUAAUGAUCCAUAGUGGUGAACCAACAAAGACCUAUGUUGAUACUGCUGUAAGGCAUGUAUAUUUAAGACAAGGUGAGAACCAUAGUCAAAAAAUUAUUAUAUAAUAUUUUAAUGUGGCCCAUGAAAACAUUGCCUAAUGCCUAUAUUCACAACUCGUGGAUAAAGACAGGAAUCUAGUCCAGCAAGCUAUCUAGAUGUUCAUAAAUCUGAAAUUGGAACACUAAUUUAAUUUUUUUAUUGAUGAAAUCAACAAGCUUCAGUAGCUCAGUGGUUACGGCAUGGAUAAUAAAAUAAAUGGAUAGGACUCUUGCUGACGUAAGCAAAAACAACCUAGUUGCAAUCUCUGACGUCACGCGUAUUGCAAAGUUCUCUGCAUUUUUGUUGUUUCGCUAUAUUUUCCGCCUUAAAAGAGCAAUAUUGAAGCAUAAACCGGUCUAAUUGUUUUAAAAACAUGCCUAAGCCACGACAAAGUAUUCAAGGUAAAUGUUUUUCGUCUUUGUUUUGUAUUUUUUUACAUUUGUAGCUACGAAAUUGGCGUCCCCAAUUUUAACGAAAUUUGGGAUGCCUUUUUCACGGUUUAGUGCUUGAAAUAUUUGCUAAAAUUGACUGGGAAUACUUAGAGAUUUCAUCGUAGAAUGGCGUAGUUAUAUUCAUUUGCUCUUUGACUAAAAUGUUUAGCUGUAUUAUUGCUAAACAUGCCGUUUUUGAGAAUUUGGUUUGCAACUAGGUUUCAACCAUAGAGAUUAUAAAUAACACUAGAGGAGGCAUUGUAAUCUUAAUUCAGUAAAAAAAAGGGAACGCGACUAUUGGGGGGCAAAUUCAAGUCCCGGAUGUGUAUUCGUGUUCCCAUUGGUGACGAGUUUCAAAUCAGCCAAUGAGAGCACGAUUUUACAUCCGGGACUUGAAUUUGCCCCCCAUUAGCUGCGUUCCCAAUUUUUAAACUCGAUGCCUCCUCUAGUGUUAUUUAUAAUCUCUAUGGUUUCAACAUCCAAUCACGCCAUCAGCCCAUUGAAAACAUUAGGUCACGUCAGCUAGUUUCCUAUCCAUUUAUUUUAUUAUCCAUGGUUACGGCAUGCAGCUGUUAUUCACAAUGUGUCCGAGUCCUCUGGAAGUACUUUUACUUUUUGGAAAUUCAAUUUUUUUUCUUUGACUAAUUAAUUAACUAAGCCCAUUAAUUAUCUAUCCUAUUUGAACCUUAACUGUGCUUGCAUGAUAAUAGUCCUGUGUACUAAGUAAAUGCCAAUGUUUAUUGAUGAUAUUUUUAAUUUGGUUCCAUGGGAACAGUACCAUUUUCUUUCCAUUUGUUUAUGCUGAUAUAAAAUUAUCUAUCAGGUGUGCUUGGUAUCAAAGUGAAAAUUAUGUUGCCAUGGGAUCCAACUGGUAAAAAUGGACCAAAGAAGCCACUUCCUGAUCAAGUCAGUAUUGUUGAACCCAAAGAAGAAGUAAACCCAGCUUCUCCUACUUCAGAACACAAAGGUGGCAAGCCUGAUCAACCUGCACCACUGGCUACCUAGGUACAGUAUACAUCCACCAUAAACAACUAUUAAGGAAUAAGGAGUCCUUCACAAGUGUACUGAACAUUUCCCUUUUGUUUUUUGCAGGUUGGAAUUUUCAUGAACUGAUGGAAGCAGUGUAAAAUUUAUGAAAAAUAAAUGAUAAAGAACUGAAGAUUUUGUUUCUUUGUUGCACCGUAUUAAAAAUAGUCUGGGUUUCUAUUUUGGUUGAGACCUGAACCAUGGAGGGAGGGAGGAGGACUGGCUUUAGCCCCUGGUCAUUUUUGUGAAUAGUGUGGAUCAAUUUGUCCGAACCAUUAGUGACUUGCAACUUGUAUUAUUUCAUUUUUAACCCAAUUACGUAAGACGAUUUUCUCGUCAAGGGUAACGCGCUGCUGCUCAUUGGGUUAAUGAAUAAUGUCCUGUCCACACAGUCAUGGGUAGAUGUAAUGUUUUUAUGAAGUUAUAUAUAUUAGUCAAGAAUAGAAAAAGG